UUUUUGAUGACAUAAUAUAUUAAUGCACGCAGAGAUGAUAUAAGAAGAAAUGAUGAUGAAGGAGACGGGAGAGAGUUCAAAGAAGAUGAGAGCAGUUCCUAAUGAUCAUGGCUUCACUGAAAUUGUGCUCUCUUGGUCCCUUGAACAAAUUGAAAAUAAAGACCUUUUCAAGGACCAGGUAAAAAACAUUCCGCAGUCCUUCGAAUCAGUUCACCAGUAUUUUCGUUCAUAUAUUUACCCUUUAUUGGAAGAAACUCAUGCACAACUCUAUUCAAGUAUGGAGAUUAUAUCAACAGCACCUUUUGCUGAAGUAAUUUCAUUUUAUGAAUCUAAGCCAUACGGAGAAAAUUUGUAUGAUGUUCAGGUUGAUAACUGGAGUAACCGAUGCAGUGAUCGUGGCAAGGAGCCUUACAAAACGUUGCCUGGAGAUAUUUUAAUUUUAGCAGAUGCUAAACCCGAGCAUGUAUCUGAUUUAAAAAGAAUAGGAAGGUCUUGGGCUUUUGUAAUGGUCACUAAAGUCCCAGAGGAUGAUAUUGAUGAUAAUGAUGAUAUUCGAGAGGAUUAUGAAACAUCUACUAGCUUUAAAGUCAAGGCAUUGAAAGAUAUUGAUGUUGAUGGUGGGAAGAAAUCAUUGUUUGUGGUUUUCUUGACAAAUACAAUCCCUAACAAGAGAAUGUGGAAUGCACUGCACAUGCAUGGAAAUCUGAAUAUCAUUAACAAAGUCUUGUGCACUAGUACUUUGAAUGAGGAAGACUGUGAUCUCUGUUCUGCACAGAGCGAUGGCAGCUGGGAUGAGAAAUUGGCAACAAGUAUUACUUCAGAACUGAAUGAAUCCCAAAACAACGCUAUUCUUGCUUGUCUACGUAAGAUGCAUUGCAACCACAAGUUGUCUGUGGAACUUAUAUGGGGUCCGCCUGGUACUGGCAAAACAAAAGCCAUGGGCACCCUGCUUUUCACCCUUCUAAGAAUGGGAUAUAGGACUCUUACUUGUGCCCCAACAAAUGUUGCAAUUAAAGAAGCGGCCUCUCGUGUCCUAAAGCUGGUGAAAGAAUCCUUCGAAACCAACAUUGGAACUGAUGCUUUGUUUUGCUCAUUUGGAGAUAUUCUCUUAUUCGGGAAUAAGAAGCGUCUCAAGAUUGGUUCGGACAUGGAAAUUAUACAUUUGGAUUAUCGGGUGAAAAGACUUACAAAGUGCUUGGGGCCUCUGACUGGUUGGAGGCAUUGUUUUACUUCAAUGAUUGAUCUUCUUGAAGAUUGUGUUUCUCAAUUUCACAUCUUCUGGGACAAUAAACUGAUCAAAGAGAGAGAACAAAACAGUGAAGAAGAAAUUGAAGAGAUAGAAAGUGAGGAUGAAACUGAUGGUGGCGAGUGGAAGUGCAAGUCAUUUCUUGAUUUUCUGAGAAAAAGAUUUGUUGAUACUUCAUCACCACUUAAAAAUUGUCUUCUAGACUUUUGUAUACAUUUACCCAAGAAAUACAUUCCCGAGCACAAUUUCCAAAACAUUUUUUCUCUUAUUGACCUACUUAAGUCUUUUGAAACCUUGUUGUUUAAAGAUGAUGUGGAAUCUGAAGCACUGGAGGAGCUCUUUUCACAUUCAGAAGUAGGUCAAGAUAUACCAUUCCCACUGUAUGUAAGGAGAAAAGAAUGCCUUUCUCUUUUAAAAGAACUUCAGGGUUCAUUUAAUGAACUUGAUCUUCCGAGCUCUAUGAACAAAUGGUCAAUAAUGGAUUUUUGUUUCAAAGCAGCUUCCUUAAUUUUUUGCACUGCUUCAAGUUCUUAUAUGCUGCACUCGGUGGAAGAGAACCCACUGAACAUUCUGGUUAUUGAUGAAGCUGCACAAUUAAAGGAGUGUGAGUCGACCAUUCCCCUGCAACUUCCAGGAUUAAGGCAUGCUAUUCUUUUUGGUGAUGAGCGCCAGUUACCAGCAAUGAUUACAAGCAGUAUUUCUGAGGAAGUUGGUUUUGGGAGAAGUUUAUUUGAGAGGUUAAGCUCAUUGGGUUGCACAAAGCAUCUUCUCAGUAUACAGUACCGAAUGCAUCCAUCUAUAAGUGUUUUCCCAAACGCAAAUUUUUAUGACAACCAGAUUUUAGAUGCUCCAAAUAUUAAAAGAAAAAGCUAUGAAAAACAGUAUCUUUCAGGGCCAAUGUUUGGCCCCUAUUCUUUCAUUAGUGUAAUAGAUGGUAGGGAAGAGAAGGAUGAUUCUGAGCGUAGUUGGAGAAACAUGGUUGAGGUUUCUAUUGUGAUGAAAAUACUACAGAAAUUAUACAAAGCAUGGGUUGGCACUAGCUCCAAACAGAAUUACCGCAUUGGUGUAAUAUCUCCUUAUGCUGCUCAAGUAGUAGCAAUUCAAGAAAGACUUGGACGGAAGUUUGAUGCUCUUGAUGGGUUUACAGUAAAGGUCAGGUCAGUAGAUGGGUUCCAGGGUGGGGAAGAGGACCUAAUUAUAAUAUCAACAGUAAGAUCUAAUACUCAUGCAUCAAUUGGGUUCACAUCAAAUCUACAGAGAACUAAUGUUGCUCUUACAAGGGCUAGGCACUGUCUAUGGAUAUUGGGAAAUGACAGAACACUAGUGAAUAGUGAAUCUGUUUGGGAAACCUUGGUCCUUGACGCUAAGAAUCGUCAAUGUUUCUUUUAUGCUGAUGAGGACAAGGAUUUGGCUAAAGCAAUAUUAGACGUGAAGAAAGAAUUUGAACAGUUUGAUGAUUUGCUUAAUCAUGAUAGCAUACUUUUUAAAAGUGCUAGGUGGAAGGUUCUUUUUAGUGAUAACUUUCUGAAAUCAUUUCAAAAACUGAAGUCUGUUCGGACAAAGAAGUCAGUUUUAAACCUUCUACUUAAAAUUUCCAGUGGUUGGAGACCCAAAAAGUUGAGUGUAGUUUGUGAAAGUUCUUCACAGAUCUUAAAGCAGUUUAAGGUUGAAGGUCUUUAUAUUGUUUGUGCAAAUGACAUUGUAAAGGAAUGGAGUGACAUUGCAAAGGAAUUGAGGUACUAUCAAGUUUUGAAGAUUUGGGAUAUAGUACCUAUAGAGGAUAUUCCAAAAUUAGUGAAACGUCUUGAUAGUAUGUUCGGAAAAUAUACAGAUGACUUUAUUAACCGUUGCCAAGAGAAAUGUCUUGAGGGGGAUUUGGAAAUUCCAAAGAGUUGGUCAAUCUCUAUUGAUAUUGUCCGGAUUAAGAAUCUUGAUGACCAUGAAAAUGGGAGUGAUCUAAGUGGUUGUACUGCUGAUGGCAGAAGUUACGUUGAGAAUGCCAGAGUGAGUGAGAGUCUUAUGCUAAUGAAAUUCUACUCCUUAUCAUCAGGCGUAGUGACCCACUUGCUUUCUAACCAUGAUGGUGGUGAAUUGGAUCUACCAUUUGAAGUAUCUGACCAAGAGCUAGAGAUAAUCCUUUUUCCUAGAACUACAUUUGUACUGGGGCGGUCAGGUACUGGGAAAACUACUGUUUUGACUAUCAAGUUAUUUCAGAAAGAAAAACUACACCAUAUGGCAAGGGAGUUAUUGUCUGAGGAAAAGGAGGUUGAGGAGACCGCUGCUGGGAUGAAGGAAAAUGUAUUGCACCAACUUUUUGUGACAGUGAGUCCUAAACUGUGUUAUGCUGUAAAACAACAAGUUUCUCAUUUGAAAAGCUUUUCCUAUGGUGGUAAUUCUUCAAAAGGAAGUAGUUUAAUCGAUAUGGAUGACUUUGACGAUGCCUCUCAAUUCAAGGAUAUCCCAGAUUCAUUUGUCGAUGUUCCUCCCCUAUCAUAUCCUUUUGUCAUAACAUUUCACAAAUUUCUAAUAAUGCUUGAUGGAACUGUGGGUAAUUCAUACUUUGAAAGAUUCCAUGAAGCAAGGAAACUUUCUAAUGGUCCAAUAAGUAGUAGUUCAGUUUCCUUACAGAGCUUUAUAAGGAUGAAAGAAGUUAAUUAUGAAAGGUUUAGUACAGCAUACUGGCCCCGUUUCAAUACCCAGCUAACUAAGAAGCUCGACUCUUCUAGAGUUUUCACAGAGAUUAUUUCCCAUAUAAAAGGUGGCCCGCAAGCUGCAGAGGUAGGUGAUGGUAAACUCAGUCGUGAGGACUAUGUUCUACUAUCAGAGGGCCGGGAUUCUCGUCUAUGUAGACGAGAGAGAGAGAUAAUAUAUGAAAUCUUUCAAAAUUAUGAAAAAAUGAAGAAACAAAAUGGUGAGUUUGAUUUGUCUGAUCUUGUAAUUGAUCUUCAUCGUCGAUUAAGAGUUGAAAGAUACAAGGGCGAUGAAAUGCAUUUUGUAUAUGUAGAUGAGGUGCAGGAUCUUACAUUAAGCCAAAUUGCUUUAUUCAAAUAUAUUUGUAAAAAUGUUGAGGAGGGUUUUGUUUUCUCUGGUGAUACUGCUCAAACAAUUGCGAAGGGAAUUGACUUUAGAUUCCAAGAUAUAAGAUCUCUGUUCUACAAUAAGUUUGUGCUGGAAUCAAAAAGCAGUGGACAAGAUGGAAGAAAAGAGAAAGGAAUAAUCUCAGAGAUCUUCCAUUUGAGCCAGAACUUCCGUACUCAUGAUGGAGUUCUUAAGCUAUCACAGAGUGUGAUUGAACUUAUUUAUCAUUUCUUUCCUCUAUCUGUUGAUAUUUUACCGCCUGAGACUAGUCUUAUAUAUGGUGAAGCUCCUAUUCUGCUCGAAUCAGGGAACAAAGAAAAUGCUAUCAUAACUAUUUUUGGCAAUAGUGGAAAUGGUAGAGGAAGUAUUGUUGGCUUCGGUGCAGAGCAGGUAAUAUUGGUACGAGAUGAUUUUGCUCGGAAGGAAAUUACCAAUCACGUCGGGAACCAAGCUCUCGUUCUAACUAUUGUGGAGUGCAAGGGCCUUGAAUUUCAGGAUGUAUUGCUAUACAACUUUUUUGGCUCAUCAUCUCUGAAAAAUGAAUGGAGGUUGAUAUAUAAAUAUAUGGAAGAGCAAGAUUUGCUCGACCCAACUUUACCCAUCUCCUUCCCAAGUUUCAAUAAGGCUAAACACAAUGUGUUGUGCUCCGAACUAAAGCAACUUUAUGUGGCUAUCACUCGUACCAGGCAGAGGUUGUGGAUUUCUGAGAAUUCAGAGGACCUCUGCAAACCAAUGUUUGACUAUUGGAAGAAAAAGUGUCUUGUUCAAGUCAGACAACUGGAUGAUUCACUUGCUCAGGCAAUGCAGGUUUCUAGCAGUCCAGAGGAGUGGAAGUCUCGGGGCAUUAAGUUGUAUUUAGAGCGUAAGUUUGAAUUUGCAAUUACGUGCUUUGAAAGAGCUGGUGAUAUUUAUUGGCAAAGAAGGUCCAAGGCUGAGGGCCUUAGAGAAAAUGCUGACCAUAUGUGCGGUUCAAAUCUUGAAAAGGCUAAUGUUAUGCUUAGGCAAGCUGCUGAAAUAUUUGAAACUAUAGGCAAAGCUGAUUCUGCUGCACAAUGUUUUUCUGAUUUGGGGGAGUAUGAAAGAGCAGGAAGGCUUUAUUUAGAAAAAUGUGGGGAGUCUGAACUUCAAAGAGCAGGGGAAUGCUUUUGUCUAGCAGGAUGCUAUGAACUGGCAGCUGAUGUGUAUGCUAAAGGAAACUUUUUCUCAGAAUGUUUGAAAGUUUGCACCAAGGGAAAAUUAUUCAAAAUGGGUUUCAAGUACAUUCAGUAUUGGAAAAAUAAUGCAACUAAGGAUUUUGGUGUGGCUAGAAGAGGAAAAGAAAUAGACAAGAUUGCACAUAAGUUUCUAGAGAGUGCUGCUCGUCAUCAUCAUAAGCUUAAAGAUAGCAGAUCCAUGAUGCAGUUUGUCAAAGCUUUUCAAUCCAUGGAUUUGAUGCGCAGAUUUUUGAUAUCUUUGGAUUGCCUUGGUGAGCUUCUAUUGUUGGAAGAAGAAUCAGGAAACUUCUUAGAGGCUGCCAACAUUGCAAAGCUGAGAGGGGAGAUUCUACAUGAAGCUGAUCUUCUAGGGAAGGCAGGGAAUGUCAAAGAAGCGUCCAAGCUAUUGCUCUUCUAUGUGCUGUGCAAUUCAUUUUGGACACCUGGAAGCAAGGGCUGGCCACUAAAGCAGUUUACACAGAAGCAGGAGCUUUUGGCAAAAGCCAAGUCAUUUGCUAAGAAUGACUCAAACUUUUAUUCUUUUGUUUGUACAGAGGUUGACAUUUUAUCAAAUGAGCAGAGUAACUUGUCCAUAACAAAAAAGUAUUUGAAUGCUUCUCAGAGACAUAAUAGUGUUGGAGGUGAAAUAAUUUCUGCUCGAAAAAUUCUAGAUGCUCAUCUUCAGUCAAACUCCGCAAAGUAUGUGUGGCAGGAUUAUUUUGUUUUUGAUCUGACAAAGUAUUCGGAACAGGUGAUCUCUAGAAAUCAGAUUUCUGUAGAAACACUGUUUUACUUUUGGAAUUUUUGGAAAGACAAAAUUCUGAACAUUUUCAAGUAUCUCAGAUGUGUUGACACUCAAGAUGUUAAUGAAUAUAGAAGUUAUGGAGAUUUCUGUUUGAAUUACUUGGGGGUGCGGAGGCAGUUUCAUAAUUGUAAUGCAAUCUAUGUAUUGCUCAACUCUGAUGCGGAUUGGGUCAAAGAGGACAGUAGAUUCAUUCAUCGAAAUGGAAAUUUGGUUUAUAUUGAUGUGAGACAUUUUAUUGCAACUGCUCAAAGUUACUGGUGUUCAGAAUUACUUUGUGUUGGUAUGAAGGUUUUGGACAAUCUUGAAGCCCUUUACAAUUUCUCAUUGAAGAAUUCCCUCUCCCUGUUCUGCCAAAGCAGAUCUCUUACGUAUAUCUAUGAGGUUGCAAAGUUUCUUUCGAAAUCUGAAUAUCGAAACCAUAGUUACUGCAACAAUAGGACAUUGCAGAGAUUUGUUGAACUUUCUACCAAGUCUUUUCUUGGCUAUAUAUUUCCCCUAGAUUGGCGGAAAUCAUUGGCAGAGAACAUGUUUUCUCUAAGAGAAUCAGAGUUUUCAAGAAAUUUACUAGAACAGAUCAUAAUUGAAAACAUCAGCUUGAAGGGUAAGUUGACAUACGGGCAAAUUGGAAGAGUUGUAGUGAUAACUCUUGGAUUGGGUAAGAUAAACAAUGAUUUAUAUAAGGAGAUUUUGAAAAGGUUUGAUGGGACUUAUGGAAAUCCACCAUGGAAGACAUUCAUUCAGGUUCUCCGGGGGAAUAUGGGACCAGAAUUUCCUCAAGGUACUUUAACUAACAAUAACCGUGAAUCUCCAAGAGAAUUGUGUGUUCUGCUGAAGCUACAAAAUGCUUUGAUGGAUACUUACAAUGCAAAUUGGAGAGAAGUCGACUAUAUUUCACCUGGUUGUUUCUUGUAUCUUAUGGAGCGCCUCCUAAUCUUGGCAUCUUACUUCAAGGGAUACUUUAUCACUUCAAAGUCUUCUUUUGCUGAAUGGUUUAUCUAUCAAGCUGCAGAUACCAACCUAAAUUCCACUUUAGUGGCCCAAAUGAGACCAUCCCAUGUUAUCUUUGAGUUUAUUGUCAAAGUUGUUCAGCGGCUUCUUAAUGAUAAGAAUGAUACAAUGGAUUGGAUUAGAAGGUCUGAUAUAAAUGUGAAGGACUACUAUCCACUGCUGGUAUUGAGAUUGGUUUCUAUAAUAUGUUUAGUUCAUCUGAAUUCUGGGGAAUUUUUGGAAUUUAUUUUUGCAUUGCUUGGUAGGAGCUAUAUUACUGAGCAACUUCCAAGGGAAUUUUAUGAUGUCCUUCAGAGAAGAGAGAAACAUAUAAAUGUGAAUGUGCUAGCUGAAGCAUUUAAAAAGAUUCACAAUCCUCUUGUAAUUGUGAGUUUGGGAGGUAAUUGUUCAAGGUUUCUAUGUCCAGAUGCCAUUUUUGUGGACAUGACGGUAAAACAGUGCAGGGAGGACAUGUUAAAAGUCUUGUUUCUAGAGACAGUGAAACCAUCACAAGGUCCAACAGAGACAUUUGAAGUGGGAGCAACUAACUCUGGCAAUGAAGUACUUUCUUCAGGCACUUAUGAUCAAGACAGUUGUAAUUGUAAGUCUGCACCUUCAAACUUUGCUUUGGUGACAGAUCAGGGGGACUUGAACAACAUAAAUGGAAGCGAGCUUAAGAAACAGUGCAGGGAGGACAUGUUAAAAGUCUCGUUUCCAGAGACAGUGAAACCAUCGCAAGGUAAAACUGAGACAUUUGAAGUGGAAGCAACUAACUCUGGCAAUGAAGUGCUUUCUUCAGGCACUUAUGAUCAAGACAGUCGUAAUUGUAAGUCUGCACCUUCAAACUUUGCUUUGGUGGCAGAGCAGGGGGACUUGAACAACAUAAAUGGAAGCCAGCUUAAGAAACAGUGCAGAGAGGACAUGUUAAAAGUCUCGUUUCCAGAGACAGUGAAACCAUCGCAAGGUCAAACUGAGACAUUUGAAGUGGAAGCAACUAACUCUGGCAAUGAAGUGCUUUCUUCAGGCACUUAUGAUCAGGACAGUCGUAAUUGUAAGUCUGCACCUUCAAACUUUGCUUUGGUGGCAGAGCAGGGGGACUUGAACAACAUAAAUGGAAGCAAUGUUAAGAAACAGUGCAGGGAGGACAUGUUAAAAGUCUCGUUUCCAGAGACAGUGAAACCAUCGCAAGGUCAAACUGAGACAUUUGAAGUGGAAGCAACUAACUCUGGCAAUGAAGUGCUUUCUUCAGGCACUUAUGAUCAGGACAGUCAUAAUUGUAAGUCUGCACCUUCAAACUUUGCUUUGGUGGCAGAGCAGGGGGACUUGAACAACAAAAAUGGAAGCAGGCUGCAAGUGAAUUACUUUUGGGAAAUAUUUGAAGCUUUGAAGUCGUUGGAGCAUGGUAAAGAUCCAAGGAGCUUUUUGUUAAAUGUCCAAAUGAUGAAGGUGAAUGUGGAGAAAAGUAUUCACCAUGUUAGUACUGUUAUGCACGAAUGCCUUCAGAAUGCUAUCAACAAUGUUGAUGAAAACCUAUUGGAGGAAGUAGACAGCAUGGUUGAUGAACUGAAGCAACUUUCUGCUGCACUGGAUGUGAGUGAACCGGAACUUGGAAACAAUAUGUCAACAAUUCAAGAACUUUGCAAGAGAUUCUUGUCAAGAAGGCCAAAUCUUGAACCUAUCUUAAGUAAGCAAUUCUUGCAACUGGGCACAAACCUUGUGGUUGAGACUUCUGGCAGUAUAUCAAAUGAGCAGCAGUGUGAUGUAAAGGAUAGUGAUAGCAAAGCUAAGGAAAAUAGCAGUGCUGAUGUUGCAUCGGUCUCUAACAGUAAAAACUCCUGCGCUUUCAGCAAAACAGGUCCUUUAUUGGGUUUGUUUGUCUCCACCAUUGUAAUCGUAGGGGGAGCAAGAAAAUGGUUGCGAGGAAGAAGAAAAUAGUCACAGAUUCCACUCAAUCUUGACAGCUGCAUAAAUGACUAGAAUUUGUUUUUCAAUUGGAAGUGGUGCAUAUUGUGGUUGUUUCAGUAC